AUGUUGACGUUCGGCAAUCCCAAGAAACGUUUAGCUGCGAACAUUCAAGGUAGACCCAUUGGACACUAUCUGAAUGGAAAAGAUAUAAUAAUUAUCGUUGUCAUUGUGAACCAAUCCCGAAAUACUUCCGCGGUAGAGGCAUUGGCAAAGAAUCAAUGGAAGGGAUUCUACAAGCACUUGGUUGAUGAGCUUUAUAAUAACAAACUAGUCGACGACCAUUCAAAUAUUCUCCGAUUCGCAGGCAUAAGCAAAGAUAUCUGCAAUGAUUAUCGUAUGAGUCUUGAAUCUGGGAACUUACAUGAUUACUUGAAAGAUUUUUAUCAAGAAAUGACAUUGGAAACGAAAACGGUACUUGGUUUAAGCAUUGCAAAUGGAUUGAACUAUCUGCACGAUAUGCAAAUCAUUCAUAAGUAUUUGGCAUUGCUAAAAUAUCUGGUUUCGGAUUCCUUUGUAAAACUAAAGAAGAGCUAG